CCACGCUCGCUCCUUCAGGAAGCGCCCAGAAGGGAGCCGGAGCCGUGCACGGCUCGAAUCCUUUGGCAUGAUGGACGACUACACCAAGAUAGAAAAGAUUGGUGAAGGAACAUACGGCGUGGUGUACAAAGGCAAGCACAAGGCCACUGGCCAAGUGGUGGCCAUGAAGAAAAUCCGUCUGGAAAGCGAUGAAGAGGGUGUCCCCAGCACGGCCAUCAGGGAAGUUUCCUUGCUGAAAGAGCUACACCAUGCCAAUAUUGUGUGUCUUCAGGAUGUUCUUAUGCAAGACUCAAGGCUUUACCUUAUCUUUGAAUUUCUUUCCAUGGAUCUCAAGAAAUACUUGGAUUCUAUCCCAUCGGGACAGUAUUUAGAUCGUAUGCUCGUUAAGAGUUACUUGUACCAAAUCUUGCAAGGCAUUGUGUUCUGCCAUUCAAGAAGGGUUCUCCACAGAGACCUGAAACCUCAGAACUUGCUAAUCGAUGACAAUGGUGUGAUUAAACUAGCCGACUUUGGGCUGGCGCGCGCUUUCGGCAUCCCUGUGCGUGUCUAUACACAUGAGGUUGUAACCUUGUGGUACAGAUCCCCAGAGGUCUUGCUUGGCUCUGCCCGCUACUCGACUCCCGUAGAUAUAUGGAGCAUCGGGACCAUCUUUGCAGAAAUGGCCACCAAGAAGCCACUGUUCCACGGGGAUUCGGAAAUCGACCAGCUCUUCCGGAUCUUCAGAGCGUUGGGGACCCCCAACAAUGACGUGUGGCCGGAAGUAGAAUCCUUGCAGGAUUACAAGAACACCUUCCCCAAAUGGAAACCGAGCAGUCUGGCGUCGCAAGUGAAGAAUUUGGACGAUGAAGGCCUGGAUCUGCUCUCUAAAAUGUUGAUCUACGAUCCCGCAAAAAGGAUUUCCGGCCGUAUGGCCCUGAAUCACCCAUACUUUGACGAUCUGGACAAAUCGAAACUCCCAGCCAACCGGCUCAAGAAAUGCUAACUGUUGGUUUGUGGAGAUGCUGCUGUGCGGGAGUUUGCUACGAGAGUAUGCAGAAGUCGUUGCUCCUCUUUUUUUUAUAUGUGUCUGUCCUGAUCUAAAAUUAUAGCCCUGUUUAGAGCACCCUAAAUGUAAAAUCCUCCUCAACUGUAAAUAUUAAGCGAUUUAGCCCUCAAUAAACUUGUGCACUGUUAAUUAU